UAAAUUGAUUUGAACAGUGAACAAAUUCGAUGUAAGAUUAUGAGUAUGUAUCAGUAUUUUGGUAACCCAUAUGCGAAGGAAUUUAAGCGUCCCGACAACGUGGCCUUCUAUGUUCAUUGCAAGGAUUCGGUUAGUGAGGAGCUGCCUGAGUGCCUGCACAGAAAACGCACACGACCCACCCUCAUGCAGCUGGAAAUGAAGCAGCUGUUGGCAGGGGAGCGUCGCUCCUUUCUGGAGGAACAGAAGACCUAUCAACUGUCGAUGCAUUUGGCCAAGGUGGCUCUGGUCGUCGACAGACACCAUCGGCAAACUGCAAGCUCCUUGCAGUGCGCCCUGGACCGCAUCAACCGCGACAUGGACGAGCAUUUGCGGAGGCGGAGGGAGCUCCUCGACGCCCGCCUGAAGAGACUCAGCCAGCACAUCAGCACAGUGGGUGAACGCUGCGAUCUGGUCAGGCAUGAGAAGUUCCUCAAGAAUCUGACGGAGAUCUACAGAGCGAGCGGCUCAGAGGCAUCCUAUUAAAUGGGCGGACAAACU